UCUGCAAUAUACGAAAAAGCCAUUUUGAGGUUAUGCUUGACACAUUUAUCACCUGCCCUUUAAGAAUUGAGGGGUUAGCAGUACAUUCCAUUUCAAUGAGAAAAAUCAAUUAUACGCAAACAACUUUAUGUACACAGCAUUGAUAUGGGUAUAAAGAUAUUAUUGCUUUUAAUAAUUAUCGCACGGAUCAAGGUGACAUCAUCGCCAAUAAAAAUUUCCGACAGCGAUUGUAAAAAAUAUUUGCCUAAGCCUCAAGACCAAGACUAUGCCUGCAAAUGGGUUGCUAACUACGAUGAAGAGACGCCCAUGCCGGAUCAAGCGGAAGGUCUGGAGAUACAACCUCCACAACACCCUUUCGAAACUGAUGGAAGCGAUUCCCAUGACGACCUAGAGAAACUUGACCACACGUAUAAAACGGAUAGCCAAUCUAAGUGCAAGUGUAAUUAUAACUCGUGUUACUGUGCCAGACUCGGUUUGAAAAAGGUUCCUGACAAUCUUCCACAAACCAUUCAUAGACUGAGACUCGACGACAACGUCAUAGAAGUGCUGCCAAACUGUACAUUCUGUAGCUACUCUCAGUUGAAUUAUUUAGACAUGUCUUUCAAUAAUUUGACUCAUCUUCAAGUUGGCUCGUUCUGGGGACUCAAACAUUUGAUUCUUCUUAAUCUGCGGAACAACAGCCUGCUGUACUUUAAGGAGACAUUCCCGAAUGGCGUGUUUUCUGAUUUAGUUUCGCUUAGAUGUUUGAAGCUUCAUAGUAACUUACACAGCGAUCUUCCAACUGGCUUUCAAUUUCCCGAUGAAGUUUUGGCUAAUUUGACUAGCCUGGAAAGUCUUUAUUUAGAUGGAUUUGAUUCGUUGGUUUUCGGUGAGCAUUUUAAAAUUUUAAUUAAAUUGAAAACUUUAGACUUAGCUCAAGGUUACUGUAACAUUAGGUCUCUUAGUAACAGUUCAUUGUCUAACAUCUAUCAGAUAAGUAAACUGAAUAUAAGUGGAUGCUAUCUUCAAGGUGAUAGGUUCGGCAGGAACGCAUUCAAGCCAUUAACAAACUUGCAGCUUCUAGAUGUUAGUUUGAACUCAGAUCUGGGUGUAACAAUGUUCAUGUCUGCUUUGAAAGAAAUCCGUCAUUACAACAUCACUACAUUAAUGAUGAACUUUAUAGAACCGUUUUUUUCGCCAGCGAUAUCAAUCAAAAAAGAUUUCCUGGAAAGUCUACCGUCAUCUUUGAUUUAUUUAGAAGCCCAGGGCAAUAACUUCGAGUCUAUUGAAACUGGAGCUCUUGAGUUGCUUCCCCCUAAUUUGACCUACAUUAUCGUUGGGGCCAACAGAUUUCUCUACGGAGAGUAUUUUAAUGAGCUUUAUACACUAAAGAGUGUGAAGGUUCUCAAACUUAAUGGGGGCGCUUAUUUGCUAAAUAUUCCUAAGACAUUACGACAUUCAGCAGGCUACACUCAGUGCCCCUUGCAACAGCAGACAUUAACAAGUUCAAGGCCACUUAUAAUUACUCUCCCGCCAAAUUUACUUUGUCUUGAUUUGAGAUUCAUGGGUUUACGGUACCUUAUGUCUGAACUUACUUUCAAUUCAAGUAACUCUCUCGAAUGUUUGAUCUUUUGUGAUAAUUUUUUCCCUUCACUCGAAGGUCCUAUUAAAGGGUUACCAAAACUUUUGACGCUUUCAUUAAGUGGCAGUGGUGUCAAUGACAUAGAGACACAAAUGUUUCAAUAUCUUGGUACCUUACGGGAACUUAGGCUCCGAAACGAUCAGCUACAAAACUUUUUUGAACACAACAUCAACCCAGAGGUCUUUAAACACUUAAAAAACCUCCGAUUCAUUGACCUGUCCAAAAAUGCGCUGACCUAUAUUCAGAAAAAUAUCUUCGAAGGCCUUGACCUAUUGGAGGACAUUGGCUUGCAUGAAAACAGCAUGUGGACGUUUAACGUGAGUAUCCAGAAUAUGUUCAACUUAAGGAAGCUGAAUCUGAGUCACACCCAGAUGACUACGCUCCCCCUGGAGACACGCCAAUGUAUAGACCGAUUGUUGACGAAUCAUUCGGUCCUUGUCGACUUGUCUAACACGCCGAUCCAGUGUGACUGUACGAACAUUGACUUCUUGAAGUGGAUGACCAGCUCAGGGGCUUUUCAUUCCAGAUUCACCAACUAUAUGUGUCGGUACGACAACUCCUCUAUGGCGGUGUAUGUGACUGACGCCUACAAAGAGACGUUACAAGAAUUUAAUUGGAAGUGUGCUGACCACUCCAUCCUCUUCCUGGUGGUCACCUCUGCUACUUUUUGUAUGGUCUGCUGCGUGACAGCUGCAUUGCUGUACAGGUUCCGCUGGAGACUCAGAUAUUUAUAUUACGCGGCCUACUUGAUGGUGAAAGGUCAAACAAAAAACACUGCUAAAUCUGAACAGUUUCACUAUGACGUGUUUAUUUCCUAUGCUUAUAAGGAUGAGGACUUCAUUUUGGGAAGCCUUGUACCAGAGUUGACUGAACGGAAGUUGUCAGUCCUGGUCCAUGGACGAGACUUUGCUGUGGGGGAAUUCAUCGCUUCCAACAUUGUGACUGCAGUCAAAGAGAGCCGGAAAACUUUAGUGGUUCUCACACGAAAUUUUCUCAACAGCACCUGGUGUAACUUUGAAAUGCAGAUGGCCAACAUGGAGUCAGUCCACACAGGGCGUCCAGUACUUGUGUUUCUCAUCAAAGAAUCCAUACCUACAACAGAGUUGACCUCUGACCUCUUGUAUUACCUUAAUAAAAACACAUACAUUGUUUACCCACAAGGGGAGAUUACUGAUGUGUUUUGGGACAAACUGGCCAGGGAUCUUUUGCAAUUUUAAGUUAAAUAUCACUACACUCAACGUAAUCAUUGUUCAGUCUAUGAGAUUAGUUGUAAUUGUUUUUUUUUUUUUUUUAAAUGUUGUCUCACAAAUUAGACAGGUCCGGUCCUACAGGUUGCGGGUCCCUAUGCGAAACUGACUGCGCGAGGCCUAAUUUGGGUUGUGAUAAGGAUAAUAAGUGAAAAUUAAGAUUUUGUUUUAGAAAAUAGAUUCGUGUUUGCAUUUUAUUCAUACUUUACUAAGUACAAAAUCAGUCAAAUUAACUUUACGAGCCAUCUACAGUAGAUAGUAGUUUUCCAACAAAAAGCCGAUAAAUAUUCAGAUCUGCCGUUUAGAUUUACUAUCGACUCGCAAAAUAUCGAUUUUGUUGUUGUUGUUUUUUGUUUUGUUUUUUAUAUGAGAUGUCGAUAUAGAUUUAGAUUUAUAUUUGUA